GCGUGGCGACGGUUGAGCCGCCUCUCCUCAGGACUAGAGAAGAAAACCAGCCGCCAAAGGGCUGUGAGGAGGAGGAGUGAAGAAGGAGAGCUGAGUUUGGUGCCUGUUUGGGGAAGGAGGGAGAGGGGGCUCGCCCUGAGGAGCAGCCAUGAGCGCCGACUGCGCCAGUUACAUGGACGCCCAGCAAGUGCUGGUGAGCGCCUUCCGCUGCCCGCGGAGGGAGGAGGGCGACGAGGCCAGCGCCGUCUACUGCUGCGGCUUCCAGGACGUCAAGUACUGCUGCGACGACCCCAACAGCUUCUUCCCUUACCAGCACAGCUACAUGUGGUGGCUCAGGAGCCUGAAGCCCUCUCAUAAUCUCAGUUUGCAAGAACAGGUUGGAAUUGUUCACCAGUCAGGCCCACAAGGACAUAAACAUUCACAGAAUGGUUUGUUAUUAUACCUUCCUGCAAGUAAGACCGAUGGCAGUACAUUAAAUUUGGCCAAGGUAAAGGCUUUCCUAUACUUUGGAUUUGUUAGAUUUUUCAGAUAUGCAGCAAGGACAAAGCCUCUCCCAUGGUCUUUAAAAGUUGAGUGUAAAGAGGCUGCACUUUUAUGAUUUUGUAGUUCAAUGUCCUGUAUGCGCUGGCAGAUGUUCUCUUUGGCUUUUGCGUGUCCCAUAGCUAGAAUAACAGAUUGCAUAUUGUGCAUGUAAAUUAGACUAUUUGUGUAAGCAGUUAUCUACAAUUCAUAUUUGUACAAUUUGUACAAUUCAUUUGUACAAUUCAUACGUUUCAAAUGACAUAUUUAAAUAAUCUAAAAUAAGUGCUGCUUACAUGAGACAAAGAGAUUUUUCUAAGAAGGAAGCACAUUAAGGUUGUGCAGGUGUAACAUGCAUGUACUGAUGUACUAAUAUAAACAUUGGUCUUAAUCAUUCUCUUAGUUUAGGAUACUGCAAAAUUGUGUUGUAAGGCUCAAACAGAGUUUAGAAAUAAAUUAUUGUAAUUACAUCAAAUUAUUCCUAAUUUGCUAAAAAAUUUAAUUGUUUUAGAAAUCAUUAUUUAAAUUGUUAAACACCCAUCACAGUUAACAGGAUGAGUAAUUAUUUUAAUUAUUUCUUUGGUAUUUACUGUUUUAGUAAGCUUAAUAAAUGUUUAAAUAUAUAAAACUAAUGUGUAACCAUCACAUUAUUAUAUAAAAAUGCAACAAAUUAAUUUUGUAAUUUUUGUUAAAAUAGUUAAUGCUAAAUUAAUUGAUAGCUUAAUGUUAGCAAAUUAUCUUCAAAAUAACAUACAUUUCCAGAGUUGGAAAUGUAUGUAUUGCUUUGAACUCUUUGGAGAAAGGGCAGAAUCUAAGUUUAAUAACUGAAAAAAGCACUGUGACUGGAAGAAGAAAAUUAAAGGUAGUUUAAUCUCUAACAUGAUUGCUGAAACAGUACUUUGAUAAAAUUUGGCAUAACAUUCAUAAUUUUGUCAUUAUAGCAGGAAUAUCUAAUUCUGGAUUUCUUUAGCAUGCCUCUGAACCCAAUUUCUUUUAGAGACUGGCAUCUUGUCAAUAUUGCAGUCAAGGAACAAACAUGGGUAUGCAAAUAUGUGUGUAACAAAGCCCAGAUAUAUUUUUUUAAAAAUAAAGUUUUAAGGGAUUUGUUUGGGAAACAAAUGGUGGGGGAAGGCUCUCCAACUUUAUGUUUUCACGUACCAUUUAAAAAAAAUUCUGGCCCAGUUCCACAGGCAUAUCUAUUUCUUGCAAACAGGUGCCUGGAACCAUACUCUGCGUGCGUGCGUGCGUGUGUGCGCGCAUGCACGAGAGUGUGAGAGCAAGCACAACUUUUGUUGUUAACUACAGUCAAGUCAAUUUUGCUUUAUGACAACCAUGUGAAUGAGCUCCCCCCUCCCCAAGAUGAGUAUCCAUCUGGAAUGAGGUCUAUUUCUUUUCCUACUACCUUCACCCUUACCAAGUAUUAUUGUUGUUUCUAGAGAGUUAUGUCUUCUCAUGAUAUGGCCAAAGUAUGACAGCCUCAGUUUGGUCAUCUUGGCUUUUGGGGGAGAAAUCAGACUUGAUUUGCUCUAGGGCCCAGUAUCUAUAGAAUAGAAUUUUCUCCAGCAUCAUUUCAGAUAAGUUUAUUUUCUUCCAAUCAGCUUUCCUCACUGUCUAGCUUUCACAGCCAUUGAUAGAAAUAGGAAAUAUGAUGGCACAGACAAUUCUAACUUUAGUAUUCAAUCAUAUAUCUAUAUACUUCAGGAUCUUGUCUAGUUCCUUCCCAUCUGUCCUUCCAAAUCCUAGCCUUCUUCUGAUUUCUUGAAUGCAGUCUCUAUUCUUAUUAAUGACUGAGGAGUUGUCCAGAUAGGCUAAAAGAAACAGCCCUGCCCUGGUAUGAAACCCACCUGUUCACAUGACGCAUGUGGCGAAAGAGGAGGAAAAUGGAACCAAGCUUUGCUCUGAGGCUAAUCGCUGGCACAAAAAAUAGCCCAGUUUGCUCUGCACCAAGCUGGAAUGGGCAAACUAUUUCACUGGCAUGUGGACUGUACACCAGUGUGAAGAUGGGGGAGGAGCCAGGCAGUUGGCAGAAGUGGUAGGAAGCAGGUGCCCUGAACCUAGUAAGCCACCGACCCCAUGCCAGCUGGAAUUUCCCACAUGGACCUCAGCACUUACACUUGUGGGGUCACAAGCUGCUACUGGUACCAUUGCUGUCCAUAACUUUUUUUGUUGCCAUUCUGCAAAUCAAUCAUACAAGCGCAUGAGUGGCCAUCUGCAACCUCAGAACAACUCACUGAUGCCCAGUGUUAUGGCUGUGGCAACCACGAAGCCAUGGGAAAUGAGGGAGGGGUUUCCUGGAGCAGAGAGGAGACACUGGACCUAAUAGCCAUAUGGUGACAGAACAUGCAGGAGCAACUCCGGGAAUCACACCAGAACAUCAAGCUGUUUGAGAGAGAUGCAGAAGAGAUGAGGGUCAAGGGGUAUGAAUGCUCGGAUAAGGAAUACAUCAAGGCUCUCCAACAGUAAUACUGAAAGGUGUGUGACCACAACUCACACAGCAGCUGUGCCAUGGCCACUAUGCCCUGCUUGUGAUCCAAACAAUUAUGUGCAGCAGCGCCUUUCACCAUUCAAAUCAUGCAGGCGCCCUGCACCCAACAAAGGAACAACUCCACCCUGGUGGAGGGCUCCCAGGAGUUCUUCAUCACUAGCCCAGGUAGCAUGCGCUGGGUGCCCACGAGGAAUGGGGGCCCCACUUGCACAGAGGUGUGCAUCACCCCCCUUGGGAGAUAGCUACCCUGAUGCCAGACUGGUGGGUGUAUGACUGUUUCCCCACUGCACAGGUGACCAGGAGGACCCCCAGGACUCAGAUAAGAUGUGCAUUACCUGUGGAGUGGUCCUCUGACACAACAUCCCAGAUAAAUGCUUCAUGGAUUUUCCAAAUUGGAAUAUGAGAACUGAAGAUUUCAUUUUGCUCUUUUGAUUAAACUUCUGAAUUGCCUAACAUCAGCUCAGGCAAGGUAUUCCCACCUUGUUUCCUUAUACAGUAUUAGGACAGAGUAUCCUCUAUGUAUGUGCAUGUUUAUGCAUCUUCAAGUCACCUAUUGCCUUACUUAUUGACAAAUCUGAUCUUGAAAUACAAAGUUAAAGGCCUUUUCAUUGUGUGGAAUGUUAAAAUAUAGACCUACAGAUACAAAUGUUUCAAAAAUGGUUUAAUUUAACUUCUGGCUGUGAAAUGGACCAUAUACCUGGCAGUCUCCCAGCCUUUACACAAGGCAGUUUAUGAAAUCCAAAUAUAAAUAAGCUAAAACAAUUGUGUUAUGUUUCCUGCAUAACAGUAGCUCUCAGAGAAGUGACGGAAAAAUGCAUACAGCGUAGAGGAGGAAAAUAUUUGUGCUGAAUUUUUAUAUCUUUAUCAAAUCAUUAUUUUAGCUUAAUGCUGUGUGUGUGCGCGUGUGUUUGUUUAGGGACCCCCUUGGCAAAAGGAUGUGUGUUUUGAUUUCCUCUAUUCAUUAUUUUUGACAUCUCUGUGCAUUUGUUUCUUGCUUGUAGCUGCAUUGCUUGGUCUGGCCACACAACCCUGUAGCAAGUCCCAAUAGUCUGCAAUGUGUCACAUGAAAAUUAAAUAAUUUGUUUUUGUUUGUUUUAAAUGUAGCAUGUUAAUUUUUUCAAGGGGCCCCUCUUUCCAAUAUUGCACUGCUUUCCAGAAAUUUAGUGUUCUCUACCUACAUAGGAGCCUGUGGCUCCACAAAGGAAGGAGACAUGCUGGAUUCCAAGGAAAUAUAUUCUUUGAAUUGCAAAUGGACAUUAAAUUUCCUUGACUUUGAAAAUCUACUAGUGACCACAUGGUCAAAGGGGGAGGUACCAGCCUCCCUACCAUCUGAACUAAGACCAGAAAGAGAA